GUCUCUCAGGUGCUCCGAUGGAGUGAACCGGGCUCCGAUGCGCCUUCACUUCUUUCUCUGUCGAUCAUGGAGAGGGUUUGUCUCUCAUCUCAGUGAAGCCUGGGCCAGGGGUCAGAGGUCAUCCACCAAACUUGCACUUCUCCCUCUUACCCCUGCAACCCCACCCCACCCCCUAACCCCCACUCAGCCCCCGUCACCCCACACUGUUCCCUCCAAACACCGGAACUUAUCUUGCGUCCCACACUUUUCUUUCACUGUCCGUCCUCCCCUCAGCACUUGUCUCUUGCCUGCCACCCAAUCAGCUUGAGAGGACAGACACCUCCUAACCUGACGUCCGUUUCAUGACGAGCCAGUGGUCCACCAGACCUUAGACAGCUUCUCAGAUAACCCCUCUCACACCCAGGCCUCAAGAUGAUGUGCGAGGUGAUGCCCACCAUCUCGGAGGACGGGCGCGGUGGCGGAGGAGGCGGCUCGUCUUCCGCGGGGGGCGGCGGUGGAGGUAUGGGCGGAGGAGGGGGGAUGGGAGGCAUGGGGGGCUACGGCAGCAGGGAUCCACGCAGUGGUGCUGGCGGCGGCAGUGAUGAGAGGGGCAGCACGGGCAACCUGGAGUCGCUAAUGGUGAACAUGCUGACGGAGAGGGAGAGGCUGCUGGAGAGCCUGAGGGAAACCCAGGACAGCCUGGGGACGGCGCACCUACGUCUGAGGGAGCUGGGCCACGAGAAGGAGUCACUUCAGAGGCAGCUGUCCAUCGCCCUACCACAGGAGUUUGCAGUGCUGACCAAAGAGCUGAACCUCUGCCGGGAGCAGCUGCUGGAGAGGGAGGAGGAGAUCGCAGAGCUGAAGGCGGAGAGGAACAACACACGGCUGCUGCUCGAACAUCUGGAGUGCCUGGUUUCCCGUCACGAGCGCAGCCUGAGGAUGACCGUGGUGAAGAGGCAGGCCCAGUCCCCAGCCGGGGUCUCCAGCGAGGUGGAGGUCCUAAAAGCACUUAAGUCCCUGUUUGAGCACCACAAAGCUCUGGAUGAGAAGGUGAGGGAAAGGCUACGGGUGGCUCUGGAGCGAGUGGCGUCCCUGGAGGAAGAGCUUCAGUCCUCCUCUCAAGAGGUUGUGUCUUUAAGGGAACAAAUCAAGCGGCGGCAGCAAGGACUAGACAACGGCAAAGAGCGGCUUCCCAACGGACCAUCGUCCAUCCUGGAUGACGGGGACAUCGACAGGCAGCGGGAGGGCGAGAUAGAGAGACAGAGGUCAGAGCUGGGACAGCUGAAAGAGCGACUGGCCCUCAUGUGCAGACAGGUCGGGGAGAUCGAGGAGCAGCUGACGUCCGCCAGGAGGGAGCUGGCCCGAUCGGAGGAGGCCAACCAGAAACUACAGCGGGAUGUGAAAGAGGCGCUCUGUCAGAGGGAAGACAUGGAAGAGAGAAUCACCACGUUAGAACGCAGGUACCUGAGCGCCCAGAGGGAGGCGACGUCUCUCCACGACAUAAAAGACAAACUGGAGAACGAGUUGGCCAGCAAAGACUCACUCUAUAGACAGAGUGAGGAGAAGAACCGGCAGCUCCAGGAGCGUCUGGAUGAUGCCAAGCAGAAGCUGCAGCAGACUCUGCAGAGGGCCGAGACACUGCCGGAGAUCGAGGCCCAGCUCGCGCAGAGGGUGGCAGCGCUCAACAAGGCGGAGGAGCGUCAUGGUAACUUUGAGGAGCGACUGCGACAGAUGGAGGCGCAACUGGAGGAGAAGAACCAGGAGCUACAGAGGGCGAGGCAGAGGGAGAGGAUGAACGACGAACACAACAAGCGUCUCUCUGACACGGUGGACAAGCUGCUGUCUGAGUCCAAUGAGAGGCUGCAGCUCCAUCUGAAGGAGAGGAUGGCCGCUCUGGAGGAAAAGAACGCCCUGUCUGAGGAGCUGUCUAACAUGAAGAAGCUCCAGGACGAUCUCCUGGCAAACAAGGACCAGCUGAUAGCGGAGCUGGAGCGGCUUCAGCUGGAGUUGGAUCAGCUGAGAGCGAGGCCAGGGGGCUCCUAUUCUAGUCGCUCUCUGCCAGGUAGCGCUCUGGAGUUGAGGUAUUCCCAUGGGAGCGGCUCGCUCCCAGCGGGCUCCACCACUCACCUGGAUCCCUUCGGUAACACCUCGGGGGGUGUGGUCAGGCGAAGCCACCGGGCCCGUUGGAGCUCCGCCAGAGAGGACUCUACCAAGUACCCAGACUGGGAGAGCGGGGCUCUGCUGGGGAGUGGGUUUGAGCCGGGCUUGGAUGUGGGCUGUUCCGAUGAGGAGGACGACGGGGAGCCUCGGUUUGGCUCCGAACUGCUGUCCCCCAGCGGACAGACGGACGUGCAGACCCUGGCCAUCAUGCUGCAGGAACAGCUGGAGGCCAUCAAUAAGGAGAUCAAACUCAUUCAGGAGGAGAAGGAGAACACGGAGUUGCGAGCCGAAGAGAUUGAGAGCCGAGUCAGCGUGGCUUUGGACAGUCCGCCCAUCCCUCCAACUUCCUUGGGGAGAGACAGCACAGGACGGGGCUUCAUCCCUUCGUCUAUAACAUCCUCCACCCUGGCCUCCCCCUCUCCCCCCAGCUCCGGACACUCCACCCCUCGCCUGCCUCACUCCCCGGCCCGCGAGACUGAUAGACAGAACAGCAAAGAUGAUGACCGGUCCCUCGCCCUUCUUGAUUCUACGCCUCCUUCCACUCCUCGUGCGCUGCGAUUGGACAGGAUGGCCCUCACCCAUCCAGGAGCGAUGCUAGAUGACCCCCGGGAGUUUCGCAGUCUCUCGGCAGAUGGCAGCAGCUCCAACAGCAGCCAAGAUUCUCUUCACAAGUCCAGCAAGAAGAAAAGCAUCAAGUCUUCCAUCGGGCGGCUUUUUGGGAAGAAGGAGAAAGGAAGGAUGGGUCAACCUGGGCGAGAUGGAUCUGCUUCUCUUGCAUCUACACCCUCUGAAGACUUGGCCUCUGGAGACCCAAUAGGGAUGAACAAGACUGGGACUCUGGGUCCAGCAGAUAAAGACCGCCGCAGCAAGAAGAAGCAUGAGCUACUGGAAGAAGCAUGUCGCCAAGGACUUCCCUUUGCAUCUUGGGAUGGACCCACUGUUGUAUCUUGGUUGGAGCUUUGGGUGGGAAUGCCGGCCUGGUACGUCGCAGCUUGUCGCGCCAACGUGAAGAGCGGCGCCAUCAUGGCCAACCUGUCGGACACAGAGAUCCAGAGGGAGAUUGGCAUUAGUAACCCGCUUCACCGCCUCAAACUGCGGCUGGCCAUCCAGGAGAUGGUGUCCCUCACCAGCCCCUCUGCUCCGGCCAGCACUCGAUCUUCGACAAGUAACGUGUGGAUGACCCAUGCAGAGAUGGAGUCCCUGAACGCAGCCACCAAGCCUCCGGAGCUCAAAGAGUUCAGCUGGGAUCAGAUACUGGCCUAUGGCGAUAUGAAUCAUGAGUGGGUGGGCAACGACUGGCUGCCCAGCCUGGGCCUGCCACAGUAUCGCAGCUAUUUCAUGGAGUCCCUGGUGGAUGCCCGCAUGUUGGACCACCUGACCAAGAAGGAGCUGAGAGGACAGCUCAAAAUGGUGGACAGCUUCCACAGGGUCAGUUUGCAUUACGGCAUCAUGUGCCUGAAGCGUCUCAACUACGAUCGCAAGGAGCUGGAGAGGAGGCGAGAGGAGAGCGUCCACCAGAACAAAGAUGUGAUGGUGUGGUCCAAUGAGCGCGUGAUGUGCUGGGUGCAGACUAUCGGUCUGAAGGAGUACGCCGACAACCUGCGUGAGAGCGGCGUCCACGGGGCUCUGCUGGCGCUGGACGACACCUUUGACUACACUGACCUGGCCCUGCUGCUGCAGAUCCCCAAUCAGAACACACAGGCCAGACAGCUCCUGGAGCAGGAGUACAACUCCCUCAUCUCCAUGGGAACCGAGAGGCGACCUGAUGAGCAGGAUGGAACGAAGACGUUCACCCGCUCGCCCUCCUGGAGGAAGAUGUUUAGAGAGAAAGACCUUCGGGGCGUGACCUCCGACUCUGCCGAGACCCUGCCUGCUAACUUCCGUGCCUCAGCCAUCUCCACGCCCUCCGUUACCCUGAGAAAGGUUCAGAGUGAUGCCAACUCUGGUGCCCGGGGUGAAUCUGCCUCAGUGAGGACGUACUCCUGUUGAGGGGCUGAGGGCGCUGACUGGAUUGGGACUAGAGGACCCCGCUCGCUCAUCCACGGAGAAAGAAGCAAUGAAUAUAACCAUUUAACUUCAAAAUAAAUCUAUCGGUCUGACCAUUCUGCAAUAACAGAAGCAAAGUAAUGAAGGGGGAAAAUGACAUGAAGAAUGUAUGAAUGUAUUUUCCGACCAGACUGGGAAGGUUGAAUGGGAUCAGCUGUUCUUUCUCUCUCUGUCUCUCUCUUCCUGUCGUUCUGUCUUUGCUCUUCCUCUCUCGGCGUGACUGUGCUGUGGGGUUUAACGAAGGACAACACUGGUGUCAGUCCGGCACGUUUCCUCCCCCUCCUCAUUCCUGUCAGAGUCUGCACACAGUCAGCAGAGUUGGCAAUAUCAGGGCUCAUUUUCCUACGUUCAGAGGGAACCACUACGUGCUGCCAUUUAUUCUCUUACAGUCUGAAAACAACUUAAACGUGUCGCCUUAUAACUUCUGCUCAACAACAGGUGUUUUUACUGAGAGCCGGGGCAGAAGUUAACCUCACCGUGAAGUUAAGAUUUGAAAAAUGACUAGAAGGAUGUUUAAAAUUGUAAACUGAUCGGGGGGGAAACGGCCGGAUGGUCAUAAACCGUGUUCUCCUUUCUGCUCAUGGUGUCCAGUGUCAGCCAUUGUGGCUCUAUUGUUGGCCUUGUCAGGGGUGUGUAAGUGUCCCAAGUUGGUCGGAGUGGUGUAGUAAAACACGUCCGAGUUCAGACCGCUGUUUGGCUCCGACCACAUCAGAGGGACCCUCCUCAUGCUUUGUCUUUUGGCACCUUGAAAGCCGAUAGGCUGAGUAAUCUCUUUUGAAGAGACCCCAUUAUAGAGAUCAAAGGCACAGAGGUGGACGGGACAGGGUGGAGCGAAGCCGCAGAGGCACUGUGUUCAUGAUGUCGAUGGCAGGGAAUCCAUUAAUUUAGUGUUGGUACCACUUUCUGUAAAGGUGUACUUUACAAAGACUUUAAAGUCUGGGCUUUAUCAAUGUUAAAGGGCCAUUCCACAGAUAUGUCACAUGAAGUUCAGUUUACUAGAAAUUAGAUAAACCUGUAAAAACAGUUGUAUAGUGUUUUCUAAGGUGCUGGAGAAGCUUUGCAAAAAGACGCUACUGAGUUGCAUUAUGGGAAAUGUAGGAUCCAGCAUUCUUGGAGCUUUACUUAUACUGGGGACUAAAAAGUCACGAUAUCUCCCUCUCUGAUGCUUCAACUUAUUUGAUUUUUUUUAUCUGCCUCUUGUGAGUGCCCCAACUUUUUCAAAGUGCAAUACUAAAAUGCUUGAGCACAAUAAAUUCUUAAUAAUGUUUUAUAGAUCAGUAAAAAAAAAAAAAAAAGCUACUGAUAAAGACAUAUUUUGGGUUGCUAAGUUGUGAAAAAAUUAAUUUUGAUGGUGUAAAAUUUGCUCUAGUUCUGUGGACCCCACAAAGCUCAAACACAUACUGUACAUUAGCUCUGAAAUAUAUAUAUAUAAAUAUAUAUAUAAAACUGCAGACUUUUGUAGCUAAGUAUUAGGAUCCGAAUGUAAAAGAGCAUACCUUUUUUGGACAUAAUAGUGAGCCAUUAGAUCCAAAAUACAGCUUUAAUUGGGCCCAAAAAAAUGAAGCCCGACCCUACGGGAACCCACAUAGUUUCUGUCAUCUUAAGUCUUUUCAUUAUGGUGACAGACCUCUGUGACACCAGGUAUGUUCCUUGUCUGGCACCGACUGGAUUGUUUGAAAACUUGGAGCGCUGCUGAAAUAUACCAUUACCACUGUUAUUUCGAGCAGCAGAAACAGAGGACGCUGAGGCAAAGAGUCAAAGGUCUACAUUAAAAUUCUGCUUUAGUAAUUAAUAAAGGGUUCUUCCAUCACAAAAAUAUAUCCUGUGUGGAUCUUAAAUCAAUAAUAAGUUGUUAAUUAAUGGAAUAAAGAGUUUGCUAAAAAGACAAAGCAAAAAUGCAACAAUAAUAUAGAUUUUUUUUUCAUAA